UUUUUUAAUUAUUAUAAUCAGUAAAAUAAAUUUUAUGUGAUGGAAUACUAUAAAUAUUAUAUAUAAACAAUUUCGUGUUGAUUCCCAUCUUCCACCUUCGUUAUCUUGCUUCUCUGCCACCUCUCUCCCUUUCUUUCCUUCUUCUUCCUCCUCUCUUGCUGUUGAACUUGUUGGAAGCAUGGCACUUUCCGGUGUUCGGAAAGAUAGAGAAUUGAGGAUUCAUGAAAGUUUGGAUGAUCUUAGCACUGAUUUGGCAGACUACAUUGCUGAGAUAUCAGAGGCAUCCGUGAAGGAGCGCGGCGUCUUUACAAUUGCAUUAUCUGGUGGUUCUCUCAUUGGCUUAAUGGGAAAACUCUGUGAAGCUCCUUAUAACAAGACUGUAGAUUGGGCCAAAUGGUAUAUAUUUUGGGCAGACGAGCGUGUUGUGGCGAAAAGUCAUGUUGAUAGCAAUUACAAGCUUGCGAAAGAUCGCUUUUUGUCUAAGGUACCUAUAAUUCCCAGUCAUGUGCAUUCUAUCAAUGAUUCAGUGUCAGCAGAGGAGGCUGCUGAUGACUACGGGUUUGUCAUUCGCCAGCUAGUAAAAUCUCGUGUGAUCAGCGUGUCUGAUAUAAGUGACUGUCCCAAGUUUGACCUAAUCCUCCUGGGAAUGGGUCCUGAUGGGCACGUCGCCUCGCUAUUCCCCAACCACUCGGUGCUGGAGGAGAAAGAUGAAUGGGUAAGUUUUAUAACUGAUUCCCCCAAGCCUCCACCUGAGAGAAUCACAUUCACCCUGCCGGUCAUCAACUCGGCAUCCAAUGUAGCUAUAGUCGCAACAGGUGAAAGCAAAGCAGAGGCUGCGCACCUGGCAGUCGAUGUCAUGGGAUCUGACCUCCCUCCAGUGCCUGCUGGAGUUGUCCAGCCUCUGAAAGGGAAGCUGGUGUGGUUUUUGGACAAGGCAGCUGCCUCAAAACUUGAUGCCAGUACUCAAUUUUCCGCAUAGGGUCGAAUCCUUUCGUGUCUAAGUGUAUGUUUUGUGUUUACCAGAGGGAUUCGACGCCUGCGAUUCGAUAUCUUUCGUCAUUAGUCACCUCUUGUACAAUCUUUGGGUUAAUUUCCCCUAUUUUGCCUUGCCUUUCCCUCAUGUUUAGUGGGGUAGAGGUCAAUAAAGUUGGGGACUUUAACCCAAAAGCCAUUUUUCUGGUUCUACUUUGCUAAUAGGAAAGACUCAAAGGUUGGAUGGUAUUUUUCUCAA